AUGCUUCAUCUAUCUGAUCCAUCGACAACGAGGAAUCAGCCACUAUCUAUCUAUCUAUCUAUCUAUCUAUCUAUCUAUCUAUCUAUACAACAAGGUGGCAGCCACUUUCUAUGUAUCUAUCACAAUCUAUGUAUAUCUGUUGUGCUCAGAACGAUGCCAAACUCUCUCUCUCUCUCUCUGUCACUCUCUCUCUCUCCCUCCCUCCCUCUCUCUCUCACUGUCUCCCUCUCUCUCUCUCUCUCUCUCUCCCCUCACUCUUUCUCUCUCUCUCUCUCUCCACAUAUACAGGGUGCUAUCUAUCCAUUUCACUGUCUUUCUCGCUCGAUCUACCUACCUAUACGUUUUUGGUAUCUAUCUAUGUCUGUUCAUAACGAUCUAUCUAUCUAUCUAUCUAUCUAUCUAUCUAUCUAUCUAUCUAUCUAUCUAUCUAAGUCUUUUGAUAUCUAUCUAUAUAUGUUAAUAUCUAUCUAUCAAUCUAUAUAUAAGUCUUUUGGUAUCUAUCUAUGUUUAUAUCUAUCUAUCUAUCUGUCAUAUCUAUCUAUAUGGUCUGUUUCUUUCUGGCUUUCUCACUCCGAGCCGAUAUCUACUACACCACAACGAACAUCCACUUCUCAUAUCUACUUAUUUCUGAUCCUCUCUUUCUCACUCUCUAACUCUCUCUCUCUUCACCCUCUCUCUUUCUCAGUCUCUCUCUCCCUCUCCUUCUCUCUCUCGAUAUAUAAAUAUGCCCAUAUCUCUCUCUCUGUGUAUCUAUCUGUAUCAUUGUAUGUGUUUCUUUCUUUCUAUUUCUAUCUGAUUCUGUUCAUAUCUAUCUAUCUAUCUAUCUAUCUAUCUCAGUCUGCUUAUAUCUACCUAUCUAUCUAUCUCAGUCUGCUCGUAUCUAUCUAUCUAUCUAUCUAUCUAUUUAUCUAUCUAUGUCAGUCUGUUCAUUUCCCUCUAUCUAUGUAA